GUCACAAGAGGGGAGGGACUUAUCCAAUGAGAAGGCCGUUUGUUACGAAGCGACAUCAUCUCUUCCGCAUUUGCCGGUACAAACAACAUAAGCAAAAACAUGGAUGUGGAGAGUGGUAUUUGUCAGCGAAACGGGGACUCUGGUCCUAGUGAGUUCGGCGUUAAGAUCCCCGAGAGGAUGCUGAAACGGGAACAGGAUAGGCUCGAGGACGUGGAGAGAAAGAAAGAUGAGAAAAAUAGCCAGUCUGUCACGGAGGAGAAGAGUGGGUUCUUCACCGCGACGUUCGGCAGCGAAAGGGCGGCUAUCGAGAAGUUACUGGCUGGCUGCUCCGGGGCUACUGACCGCGCCCUGGCCACCCAAACCUUAGAGGAGGUGACUACUAAAGCACAACAGCUCCAGAAGUUUCUUAACGAUAGCAUGGUGUUUUUACCGCAGUACGAGCUGAGACAGGCACAGAUGGCGCUCCAGAAACUACAGAACUCUCUUGCCGAGAAGAGAGACGAGAUUAUCCCCAAGAAGAAGUUCUCCUUUAGGUCGCGCGCAGCAAAUGCACCCAAAGUAGAUCCACCUGUCGCGAACCCAGCGCCACCUGUAACGCCUAAGGAUUCUGGCCGAACUAAAGUGGACGGAGCCAUAAGCCCCCCAGAGCAGUGCGGCUUCUCCCACUUUGAGUGCCAGGUGCUGACCAAGUCAGGUGAGGAGAUCAAACAACAGGAUGUUCUCCUGACCCACCUGACCAAUUGCAAGGUCAGACUCCUGGGCUCCCCCAGCACCGUCCACAUCAAACACGUCCAGAACUGUGAGAUCUUCUCAGGGCCGGUCUCCAGCUCUGUAUUCGUGGACCACUGCACUGGCAGCACCCUCUCCUUCCCCUGUCAGCAGCUACGGACGCACCACACCACCGACACACAGGUCUAUCUGCACGUCACCAGCCGCGCCAUCAUAGAAGACUGUCAAGGGGUGCGCUUCGCCCCUUUUGCCUGGUCCUACACAGGUCUGGACCAGGACUUUAAGGUGUCUGGUCUGGACCGGGACAGGAACAACUGGAACCAGGUGGAUGAUUUUAACUGGCUGGCCAUAGGGACCCAAUCACCUAACUGGUCUGUCAUCCCAGAAGCUGAGAGAAGAACUGAAUGGGACUCCUAGAGACAUAAAGAAAGAAAGAGCCUUUCAGUCAAACAAAUGAAUAGUGUUUUCUUAUUUUCUAGAUUUUAUGCAGUUGACUUCACAACAACAAUCACUCAGCCCUGAUGGUGACAAAGCCUUAUGCUACUUUGCUUUUCAUAUGAUUUAAUGCUGAUGGGUUAUUUCAUAAUGUCCUGACAGGGUAAUAUUGUCAUGUCGUUCAUGCUGCCUGAAAGCUUUUAAAUAUUUACUCACAGGGAGAAAAGGUUUACGCAUUACUGAUUUCUCACAA